AUGUCUGAAAUCCGAUUUACGCUGAAAGCCGCCCAAGCGGCAGCGGUAGCCGCACAGGCCGUUGCGGAGAAAGUCGCCGCACAGACGGCGGCGGACAAAGCCGCUGCGACGGUGGCGCCGGAGCUUAAAGCGAAAUUUGAAGCCGGAAUAAUCACCAUGACAUUGAGCGGCAGUAAACCUGAGGAUUUGAAGAGGUUUCAAAUCCCUUCAUGGAUCCGCCGCAAGCCCCCUCCUGUGCCCAAAGUCAGCAAAGAAAAACCCAACUGGGUUAAAACCAAUGGUGGGGCUGUAGGGGGAAACGAUGGUAGUGGAGGUGCCAAAGAAAAUGGUAACUGUGGUGCGGGAGGUGGAAAAGAAGGUGGGACCGGUGGCGCGGUAAGCGGCAAUGGUGGUGAGGGAGGCGUCAAUGGUGGUGGGGAAUAG